AUGGCGACCGUGGGAAAGCCCUCGGAACACGAUGACUGCCUAAACUCCGUAAACAGUUCUGGCCCGUCACAGCAUGAUUCUGGAGAGGCACAACCGCUCCUCGGACCCUCGACGCUGGCCGUCAAAUCACCCGGAGUCGCUCGCAUCGAAAUAAUCAACUCUUCACUCACGCAAAAUGACCGGAUAAUGAUGUUUCUGGGCGUGUUCUUGGUUGGAUACGCCUAUGGCUUGGAUAGCCAAGUACGCUCUACUUACCAAUCAUACGCUACGUCCAGUUUUGGUGAGCACUCACUCCUAGCGACCGUCAACGUGGUCCGUAGUGUUAUCGCCGCUGCCGCCCAACCAGCCGCCGCUCGCAUCGCGGAUGUAUUCGGUCGUUUUGAACUUGUGGUCGUGUCGAUGGUGUUCUAUUUGAUUGGUACAACGGUGGAGAGCUGUGCGACUUCAAUCGAGAUUUUCUCGACUGGCACGGUCCUAUACCAGCUGGGGUAUACUGGGAUCGUGCUACUGGUGGAGAUUAUCAUUGCGGAUAUUACUUCGAUGCGGUCGCGCGUCUUUUUCAGCUAUCUACCCGCUACACCAUUUAUCAUCAAUACUUGGAUCAGUGGGAAUAUCACCUCUACCGUUCUGAGCAAGACUGGAUGGCGGUGGGGGAUCGGUAUGUGGUGUAUCAUAUACACCGUUUGUUCGUUGCCUCUGCUUUGGACUUUGUUUUACACUAGUCGGCGUGCACAGAAGUCCGGGGCUUUAGAACAUCAUCCGAGCCCGUUGCGAUUUUUUGGCAUUCGUCGUUUGGCGAUGGAUAUGUUCCACCAGCUUGAUGUCAUUGGUAUAUUUCUCAUGAUCGCCAUCUUCGGUUUCAUCCUUGCGCCACUCACCAUCGCCGGUGGCACUGAAUCACAGUGGCAAUCACCCUUCAUAAUUACACCUCUCAUCGUCGGCAUCUUAUGUAUACCGGUAUUCAUUUUUUGGGAAAUGAAAGGCGCAAGACAUCCCCUCGCGCCUUUCCCUCUUCUGAAGGAUCGCGGUGUAUGGAGUGCACUCGCCAUCCGAUGUCUUCUCAAUUUCUCCUGGUACCUCCAAGCCGAUUACCUUUAUACAGUUCUGAUUGUUGCAUUUGACUUUUCCGUCGCGACUGCGACACGCAUCCAAUCCUUCUACUCAUUCUUCGGGUUAAUCAGCGGCCUCAUCACGGGAAUGAUUAUCUACCGAACCCGCAGAUUGAAAUAUCUGAUUAUCUGUGGAACAUGCCUCUUCAUGAUGGCCUACGGUCUAGUCCUCUAUUUCCGAGGUGGCACCGAUGGAGGCUCCAAAGCCGGAGUGAUCACUGCGCAAAUCCUACUAGGCCUUGCAGGAGGAUUCUUCGCGUACCCAACCCAAGCCUCUGUACAAGCCGCAACGACGCACGAGCAUAUGGCCGUUCUCACGGGUAUCUACCUCGGUUCAUUCAACAUCGGAAGCGCCCUCGGAACAUGUGUAUCCGGAGCCAUCUGGACGCAGACGCUGUAUAAAUCACUCGUCGACAACUUGGCUUUCCAGUCCAAUACCACCUUGGCACAUGCGGUCUAUGAUUCACCUUUCGAGGUAGUCCCGUUCUAUCCAAUCGGCACACCCGAGAGAAGUGCUAUCAUCGUUAGCUACCGGCACGUACAGAGACUUCUUUGUGUUACUGGAAUAUGUCUCGCCGCGCCAAUGAUUACGUUAGCCUUUGUUUUGCGGAAUCCUAAACUCUCGAAAGAACAGAGUCAGCCUGAGGCUGAGAGAGAGGACUAG